AUGCCGAAGUAUGCCAAAUUCCUGAAGGAGGUAAUGCCCAACAAAAGGAAGUGGGAGGAUUGCGAGAUGGUAAAGCUAAACGAAGAAUGUUCGGCCAUUCUUCAAAAUAAGCUACCCCCAAAACUGAAGGAUCCAGGGAAUUUUUCUAUCCCUUGCACCAUAGGCAAUGCUGAAUUUGAGAAAGCUUUAUGUGACCUUGGUGCUAGUAUAAAUUUGAUGCCCUACUCUAUUUUUAAAAGACUUGGAUUACAUGAACUAACAUCUACCACCAUUACCCUACAACUGGCCGAUCGAAGCAUUAAAUACCCUAGGGGAAUAGUGGAAGAUGUCUUAGUUAAAGUAGGGAACUUCAUCAUCCCUGCUGAUUUCAUUGUGUUGGAUAUGGAGGAGGACAGAUCGAUGCCAUUAAUUCUAGGGAGACCCUUUCUUGCUACUGGUCUCCAAGAGGAAAAGCUUGUGAGGGUGCUCAAGCAACACAUAUCGGCCAUAGGAUGA